AUGCCGAACGAAACCAAUCAGGCCGAUCGCGCCGAGGCUGCCAUUGUAGGCGCGACCCCGGCAGCGACAGACGAGCAGAAAGACAAAGAGGCACGAGCAGAGGCACAUGCAGACACGAGCAGCACAGAAGAGCCAGUCUUUCGUCGCAGGCCGCGCACCGAAACCAACACCGCAGAGAUAGACAGCACCAUCGUGCGCCCCGGUUCAGUGCGCAUCAACGUCAAGGGCGCAUUCAUAGUAGACACGCCUGAGGGCUCCCCAACUGGAAAUGGCGCACCUCUCGAAGCUACCAGGUCGUAUGAGACCAAAGACAUCAGGCUGCCAAAUCAUACAGCUGUUGUUAGUCACAUAGCUGUCGAUAUUGGAGGCUCCCUGGCCAAGCUCGUCUACUUCUCGCGCGAGGCCCAUUCCAAAGAACCCGGCGGUCGGCUCAACUUCCUUAACUUCGAGACUGAUCGCAUCGAUGAUUGUAUCGAGUUCAUGAAGCACCUCCAAGACAAGCAAUUGGCCCUCAAUGAGUCUAGAUCUGGCGACCUGCUUGUCAUGGCCACAGGAGGGGGCGCGUACAAGUUCUACGACAAGAUCCGAGAAAGGCUAGGUGUGGAUGUCGUGAGGGAGGAUGAAAUGGGGUGUUUGAUAAUAGGUCUUGACUUCUUCAUUACCGAGAUCCCCCGCGAAGUUUUUACCUACUCCGAGACCGACCCGAUGCACUUCAAAGAGCCCAAAGAGAACAUCUACCCGUACAUGCUAGUCAACAUCGGCUCCGGUGUAAGCAUGCUCAAGGUUUCCGGCCCAAGAACGUACGAGCGCGUCGGCGGUACAUCGCUUGGAGGGGGCACACUCUGGGGUCUCCUAUCCCUGCUUACGCCUGCCGAGUCGUUCGAUGACAUGCUUGAGAUGGCCGCCCAGGGCGACAACUCCAAGGUCGACAUGCUCGUGGGAGACAUAUACGGAACAGACUACGGCAAAAUUGGCCUCAAGAGCACGGCAAUUGCUUCUUCCUUCGGAAAGGUUUUCAAGAUGAAACGUGAGGCCGAAUCCGAAGCUGAAGACAGCGGUGGCUUGGCAAAUGGAGAUGACCACCAUCACCACUCCUCCCGACAUGCUAACCGUCCGUCGUCAGCCACGCAUGCAGUCGAGUCGCGCUUCUCAGCAGCUGACGUGUCGAGGUCACUCCUCUACGCCGUGUCCAACAAUAUUGGCCAGAUCGCAUACCUGCAGUCCCAGAUACACAACCUGUCCAACAUAUAUUUUGGAGGCUCGUUUAUCAGAGGCCAUCCACAGACUAUGAACACGCUCAGCUACGCCAUCAAAUUCUGGAGUAAAGGAGAAAAGCAAGCAUACUUCCUCAGGCAUGAGGGCUACUUGGGGUCCGUGGGCGCAUUUUUGAAGAGGCAACCCAGAAACUGGGGACGUAGAGGUAGUUUCGAAGAAGGCAGCGGCCUGGAAGCGAGGAUGAAGGAGCGCGUCGCAGCAGAUAACACUGAAAGAGUAGAAGAAGCUGUGAUAUAG